ACGGCACGCUUUCGUGACGUAACCCUCGGCGCCAGGAAGAUGGCUGCGCUAUCGCUCUGCAAGCGGUGUGCUCUGAAACCGUUGUUGCCGGUGGUGCAGACUUGGGAUCUCGAAGCGCGGCGCUGGGUCCGGGCGCUGCGGAGGAGCCCCGUGAAAGUAGUAUUUCCAUCUGGAGAGGUGGUGGAACAGAAGCGCGCUCCCGGGAAGCAGCCCCGAAAGACAGCCUCUGAAACCAGUCCCCAGGAGCAGCGACAUAAACAGCCGCUUCACAUGUCCGCAUCCCAGACGCCUGGCACCUGGGAAGAAACAGGGCUUCACUACGAUAAGGCGCUUCCUGGUGACAGGAGGCUGAGAAGUGUAAUGACAAUCGUUAAGUCCAGGUCAUUUCGAGAAAAGCAAGGGAAGAUACUUUUGGAAGGUCGCAGGCUGAUUGCAGACGCUCUCCAGGCAGGAGCUGUACCGAAAGUUUUUUUCUUUAGCCGUCUGGAAUACAUUAAGGAGUUGCCGGCAGAUAAGUUGAAAGGAGUCAGCCUCAUAAAGGUGAAAUUUGAGGAUAUCAAGGAUUGGUCCGACCUAGUAGCGCCACAAGGAAUAAUAGGGAUUUUUGCCAGACCUGACUAUGUUAAGAUGACAUAUCCAAAGACUCAGCUUCACCACACACUGCCUUUACUGUUGAUUUGUGACAAUCUCCGUGACCCAGGGAACCUAGGGACAAUUCUGAGAUCUGCAGCCGGGGCAGGCUGCAGCAAAGUGUUACUCACCAAAGGCUGUGUGGAUGCCUGGGAGCCCAAAGUCCUGCGGGCAGGCAUGGGGGCACAUUUCCAGGUGCCCAUUAUCAACAAUCUGGAAUGGGACUCAGUGCCCACCUACCUGCCCCCUGACACCCGGGUCUACGUGGCAGACAACUGUGGCCUCUAUGCCCAGGCCCAAAUGUCUAACAAAGCCAGUGACUAUGGCUGGGUGUGUGAUCGGCGAUUCCUGAAGUUUCACAAGUAUGAGGAGGAGGAGGAAGAGGAAGACAAGGAGCUAAAGACCAGAGCCAACAAAGGUUGGCUCCCUGAAGUCGAGGUCCAGAGUUACGACUUGGAGUGGACGGAGGCACCGGCCGCUGUGGUGGUAGGCGGGGAGACCCACGGCGUGAGCCUGGAGUCCCUGCAGUUGGCAGAGAGCACUGGCGGCAGGAGGCUGCUGAUCCCCGUCGUGCCCGGAGUGGACAGCCUGAACUCGGCCAUGGCUGCGAGCAUCCUGCUUUUUGAAGGGAAAAGACAGCUGCGGGUGAGAGGGGAGCACUUGAGCAGGGACAGGGGUUACCACUGAGAGGAUGCCUCUAGCUGCCACCCCGGCUCAGCGUUAGGAGAUUGACACAGUUGGCAACUGUGGCUUCCCAGGCUACAUGCAGGAGGCAGGAAGUAGACAUUACUGCCAUUAUAUGGUUAUUGGAACAGUAAGAAUUUCCAUAGAAGUUUCUCCCUUUCAUCAUAAAUAACAAAGGUUAUAAUUCUUAUGAGAUCUCCCAUCUCUUCCACCUAACCCAUCUAUUGAGGCUAUAGAUGAUCCAUAUGCCUCUAAAAAUUGUCCAUUAGGGCUAGGAUGUAGCUCAGUGUUAGAGUGCUUGGCCAGCAAGCACAGAGCUCUGGGUUCUAUCUUCAGCACCUCACACACACAAAAAGUUACAUCUUUUUGUCCAGAAAGUUUCCCAAGACAGCAUCUUGGUCAGAGCACAGUUCCCUCCACCAGCUGGGGCUUGUUUCAUGGCCAUGAAGCACUGGUCAUAAGCCAUGGCCGAGUCACUUGCAUCAGAUCAGUGGUCAUUGGGAAAUAAAUGCCUACGAAGUACAGAGCCAGAGAUUACAUUAAAGUUUCGUGUGCAUGUGGUCAAUGCGUGUCUCUUUGCAUCUUUGGCCUAGGGAUGAGGACACUGCUAGGAGAUUAGUGACUCAGGAAGCUAAGGGGUACAGGUCAUGGCAUUCACCCUCUGGCUGUUCUUUGGGGCUGGAUGUGUCAGCUUGUGGGGUUGUUUGUUUAGCCUUUCACUGUAGCAGCUACUGUCUGUAUUUCCCCCUGUGGCAAUCAGUAAAAAAGGUUAAUUUUAAGUGAUGUCAUACCUUUUUAUCAUCUCUCUAAAUAACUUUUUGAGCACUAUGCAAAAAAGAAACUGGGUUCUAAAAUCUGCAGCUUAACAUUGCAUCUGUCAGGAGAGCUUGACUUUCACUAGCUGCCUUCCAUAACUAGUCCUUGUUAUGGGUUAGAUCUAACUUGUCCCACAAAAGUCUCAUGUACUCUGACGGGGACUUUUGGAAGGUGGUUGGGAUCAAAAGGGUGAUGUACGUAGCAGUGGAUUAGUCCAUCGAUGAGCUUAUGGCUGAGUGUGCUGUUAGGAGGUGGGGUCUGUCUGGAGAAGAACUCACAGAGCGGGGAGGGGACGUGGACGAGGGCAUUCUUGUCCCCAGCUCCUCCCUUCCCUCUAGUUUCCCAACCACUGUGUGAAUAGCUUUCCUCUGCCGUGCUGUUUCUGCCAUGGAGCCAGCCGACCAUGGACUGAACGCACUGAAACUGUAAGGCAAAUAAACCUGUCCUCCUUCA